UCCAGUGGAUGCAUUGUUUUUUUUUUUUACAGCUAGACGAAAAAUGGAUGUCAGUAUUAAAAGAUCAGCUGGAUUCUUCGGGCAGUUUCUGUGAGCUCGGCUUGAAACCAGAAUGAAAUCUACUGAACAAAACCUCAACAUUUACUUUGAUCUCCAACAGAAGUACCUGAUCUCCACGAUAUUGUUUCUGACACUUGCAGCAAUAAUGUCUACUUCUCUGUCAGCUGUCUCUUUGUACCACGUAAUAACAUUAAAAGCAGAAGUAGCCACUUUGAAGACAGAGGUUUUCAAAAAGCGAGAAGAGCACUUGGUAUCGUUGACCUAUCCUGUUGGAGAAAUGCCCCAACCAAACAGGGACCAAGAGCAGAGAGUGCAGUAUGUAAAUGAAGAAGAUAUACUGGAGGACCUCGGGACAGGAAACUCUAUAGCAAAGCCUGGUAAUCACAGAAUAAGGCUGCGCAGGUCAAAUAAUCUCACUGAUAAAACAGUACUUCAGCCGUGUUUGCAAAUGAUCGCAAACAAAGAUAAAGGCACCUUCCAAAAAGGUGAAAAUACAGCUAUCUCUUGGCUUCCAGGUCUUAAAAGAGGCACUGCCCUGGAAGAGCAAACCAAUGCAAUAAUUAUUAAAGAAACAGGUUACUUUUUUGUGUACAGCCAGGUUUAUUAUAAGGAUAAAAUCUAUGCAAUGGGGCACAUAAUAGUAAGGAAAAAGGCAAGCGUAGUUGGAGAUGAACUACAAAAUGUCAAUUUAUUCCGAUGUAUCCAAAAUAUGAGUGAUGAGUUUCCUUUCAAUACCUGCUAUACGGCUGGGAUUGCAAAACUGGAAGAAGGAGAUAGUAUUGAACUCCUCAUACCUCGGCAGUCAGCAGUGGUAUCUCUGGAUGGGGAUUCAACAUUCUUUGGUGCUAUAAAGCUUAUAUGAAUUUUGUGGGUCAAGCCAAAUGGGUGGGCACGAAGACGUACUUCUCUGUUUGUGGGUGUGCCUCAGUAGAUUGAGGGUAGUUGACACUGUAGAGACCUGUUUCAGUGAGGAUGCGUCUGCUCAACUUCUUCUGGUACAAACAGGAAGCCCAAUGGCUGUGUAAGCACUUGUGUCACAUGGUUUUUCGGAAAGUGACUUGGCAUGGUGCCAUCACUGGUGACAAGCAAAUCAAACAGGAUGUUCAAAACAUCAGGCAUGGUAUUAAAAAUAUAUAUCUUUUAUUUUCCAUGUGCAGAUGACUUGAGUCUUAAGGGGUUAUAGAUAAUGAAAUAAUUGCAAAAAACCCUUACUUGUCACACCAUUCCAUUCGCCAUGUAGGUUUUGUAAGAUUUAUAUGUAUUUUCAUUUAAAAAAAAAGUAUAACAAGUACCAUACUAUGCUAGGUUAAAGAAAGCUUGCAUGGCUUACUUUCAGGUAGCCUGUUACACUUCCUAGCCUAGGUCAUCAUCUCAGCCCCUUCCACAGCUUCUUUCUUGUUAUUAACCAACCAGCCACUUUCCCUCAUGACAUGCUUUGCAGCCAGUGAAAUGCUUUGACCCCAAUGGCACUGCUGGGGUAAAAUGGGUUUGAAGUGCAAUUAUAAGAUUACCUGAAAGAAAUGCCUGCAAACAAGUUUUCUUUAACCGACAUUGGGAAAAUACAUGUUUGCUAUAUGAGACCUACAUAAUGAAUGGUCCACUUUAUUGAAGUACUUCAUUAGAUAUAGACUAACCCAGCUUUCAGGUUUCCAAUGAUCCAGAUCCAAAGUACUAGAUAGGCUCUACAAUAAAAAUAUGGGUUUCGUUGUAUGUUGCAGAUGUACCUUUUAAUAGGAUCAGUUAAACCUGUAUGAAAAAUACUCUCGCUUUCAAGACCACAAAGGUCUCUUCUUCAGAUGUAUUUUAAAUAUAUAUUCAGCUGAUCAUAUUAAAAACUAUCAUCACCAAAAAAAGGUCUGCUUAUCCUACUCUGUGUACAUUGUACAGUUUAUGUGCCGUAUAGAUUUAAUAUGCAUUUAUAGCUACAUUGGAUUUACAUCUGAUGAAGUCAAAACAACAACAAUUUGUUCAUGCUUUGUAAAAUACCUGUCAGUAAAGAAAGUACUUGUAAAAUGA